AUGUCCCAGGCCGUCAAGAGGGCCUGCGAUGCCUGUCAUCGUCGCAAGGUCAAGUGUGACGGCAUCAACCCGUGCCGGAACUGCUCCUCGGCCCAGCUCUCGUGCACCUACAAUGCCAUCCCCCAGAAGAAGGGCCCCAAGGGCUCGAGGGCCAAGGUCAUCAGCGAGCUGAGGGAGACGCAGCGGCAGACCAGCCUGUCGGCCAAGGUCCAGAGCCGAAUGAACGGCAUCCCGUGCCCUCCGACGAACCCGGCCUUGGGCCCGACGCCGGGCCUCCUCACGAGCGAGCUCGUCAAGGACUGCGCCCAGUUCUUCUUCGACAACCUCUACGCCCAGGCGCCCAUCCUCGACCGCCGCCAGGUCGAGCAGCAGGUCCUCUACAUGGAGCAGAAUCGCGACGCCUACUGCCUCAUGACCUCGCUGUGCGCCUUCGUCAUGCUGCAGCCCGGCAUGGCCAUGCCGCCCGGCGACCCCUACAACCUCGACAUGAUGCCCGGCGCCAACAUCAUAUCCAGCCAGCUGCUCCUCGAGGAGGCCAUCCGCGUCCGCAAGGGGUAUGACUACCUCGACUCCAUCACCCUCAACGCCCUCGCCACCAACUAUUUCCUCUUCGGCUGCUACAACGGCCAGGAGAUGCACGACAAGGCCUGGUACUACCUUCGCGAGGCCACCACCAUGAUCCACAUGAUCGGCAUGUCCAAGGAGGAAUACUACCUGCAGUUCGACGCCGCCGAGGCCACGCGCCGUCGACGCCUGUAUUGGCUGUUCUUCGUCACCGAACGUGCGUACGCCAUCCAGCGUCAACACCCCAUCUCCCUCCAGGCGACCAUCAACGCCCCCACCGUCGCCGAUGACCCGAACGAUCCUCAGUCCCACCUGCUCAACGGCUUCGUUCUCCUCGUGAACAUGUACAAGCCGUUCGACGACACGCUCACGGCCGUCUGGAACAAGACCAUGGGCCACCUGUCGACCCAGUACCUGAGCGGGCUGCAGAAGCAGCUGAACGAGUUGGUGCAGUCCUACGCCUGCCAAGACGCCGCCUUCAACGACGUCCAGACCAACCAGCAGUGGCUCAAGAACACCUUUUGGCAGCUGACGGGUCGUGUCGGCGGCAACGGGGACGACGCCAUGUCCUUUCAGUACCCCGUGCACCUGUCCCGAGAGCUCCUCGUCGGCAUGGCGUCGCAGUUCCCCGUGCAGAUCGACCUGCUCGGUCCAAGGCUGAUUGAAAAGCUGGUCCAGAUGACGUCGUCCAUGACCGAGUUCCUCUCCAUGCAGCCGCCCUCGCGCGAUCCUUUCGCCGUAGGUCCGCGCGAGCACCUGAACCAAAUCAUCUCCAUGGUGGCCGUCUCCCGCAACGGGGACCAUCGGUUCCUGCCGCUUCUCAUGAAGAAGCUGAGCGAGCUGCUCCCCCGAACCGCCAGCCCCAUGCUCCAGGACGUGCCGGAAAACGUCAACAUGGCCAGCAUCGACAUCUUUGACGGCUUCGGAAACGCCGGCAUGGCGCAACCGCCAAACUCGGUGCAAAUGUCCAUGGCCGGCACCGACUUUGACCGAAAGUUCUCCGUCGAGGAUUACGAGAAGAAGUAUGCCAUGGACAUGAGCGGAAACACACCCGAGUCGGCCACGAACUCGACUCACUCCAACGCCUCCCCACCUGCGCCGCCGCAGAGCUCGGCCGACAUGAACGGAUCCUUUGGCAGCUCGCCGGGCCUCAUGUCUCCCGCCAUCGACUACCCUCACGGCAUGGCCAGCUUUGGCUGCUCCUCCAUACCGGACAUGGUCAUGAGCCCCAUGGGCAACCCGACGCAGUCGGGUGCAAUCAACGCCUCCCAGGGUCAACAGCAACACCAGCACCUCGGCCACGGCCAUAAUGGGACGGCACAGCACAUGAACGGCAUGGCGCAGCAGGGCAUGCGUGCGUCGGGCUUGAACACGGUCAUGAUGGCGCAACCGCCGUCGCUCACCUUCCGUCCGCCACCGCAGAGGCAAGGUAGCUUCCAGAUGCAGGGUCAAUCCCAAUUACGCGCCGGAAACGAAUUUCACGCCUUUCGGGGAGCGGACUCGGAAGGCAACGCCCUGGUCAGCAUGGGCUCCAUGGGCGGCGACCUUGACUUUGCCAUGCGGUAA